AAACAAUUAAUUCUCCAACGAGGAGAAAAUACCACCUCCGUCCACCUACCAGCUACUUCUCUUCACUUCAGCAUUUCACCCAAACGCACUAGUUUGGGGAGAAGAAAACCUAAUGGUCUGCGAAUAUUGAAUUAGUCAAUUUAAAUUUUUUUUUUUUAGCUUGGUGAUCUGUUUUCGGGAGAAUUUUUGAGUGAUCGCGCGGAAAGAGAAUGUACGGAUUUUUGAAGACUUGAUUGACUUUCAAAUGGAGGAGGAUUGGUAUGGAUUUGGUUGAAUUAAUUGAUUUUGAUUUCAAAAAAUAAAAUUUGGAGGUGCGAAGUGGGUGAUUGAUCAGGAGGGGGGGAUAGGUGUCUGAAAUGAGCAGCGACAGGCAGGCGGCCCCAGCGGCGGCAGCGACGGUGACGGUUCGAGACCUGGUGGAGGAAGGAAAGAAGAGGAUUGUUUUUUUAGUCGUUUGCGUUGUUGGACUGUCCUAUCUCAUGUCUCUGACAAGCUCUUCAGUUUUAGUCAACUUGCCUGCUGCUGCUGUUAUGAUCAUCAUCUUCCGUUAUUGGUCUUUGGAUUUUGAGAUGCGGAGAAAAGCUGCAAUUUACAAAAGCAAGCCAUCCUCUGUUUAUGUAUCUUCCGAGAAAAAACCUUCCGAAGGCCCUAUCAUUGUUGUUGAGAAGUCCGACUGGAGACGAAAAGUGAAUUCUCCUAUAGUUGAGGAAGCAAUAGAUCAGUUCACCAGACACAUAGUCUCUGAGUGGGUUACAGAUCUGUGGUACUCUCGCAUAACUCCAGAUAAACAAGGUCCAGAAGAGCUUGUCCAGAUCAUGAACGGGGUGCUGGGUGAAAUUUCAUGUCGCAUGAGAAACAUCAACCUUAUAGAUCUUUUGACAAGGGAUGUUAUCAAUCUCUUGUGCUCCCAUUUGGAGCUCUUUCGUGCAACUAAGGCAAAGAUCGAGAAGCAACACUCCAGAUCCUUAACUAUAGAAGAACGAGACAGAGAACUUAAAUUUGUGCUCAAUGCAGAGAACAAAUUGCACCCGUCUUUAUUUUCUGCUGAAGCUGAGCACGAGGUUCUGCAGCAUCUCAUGAAUGGCCUCAUGUCCUUCACAUUCAAGCCUCAAGAUCUGCAGUGUUCUUUGUUUAUCUAUGUAGUUAGGGAGCUUCUUGCUUGUGCAGUAAUGAGGCCAGUGCUAAAUUUAGUUAGCCCAAGGUUCAUCAAUGAGAGGAUUGAAUCCCUAGUCAUUUCCAUAAGUAAGACUCAGAAAGUCAUGGGUGCAGCAGAAGUAGGCUCACAGCCCAAACCAAAUGGAUCCACAAAAAUAUCAUCCGAUCACUUUUCUCGCUUUCUAGAUCGCUCAGACAAAGGUGUGGAACUCGUACAGUUAAAGAAGGAUUGCCCCACGGCUAGUGGGGAGAAGCAUGAAACAGAUAUCACGAAUGUAAAUGUUAUCUCAAAAGAUCCAUUGCUUUCCAUGGAUGCACGUUCUACUCGUUCUUGGAGUGCUUUGCCUUCGGAAGAUCACACAGGUGAGGGAAAAGGUAUCCAGCGACAUCGAUCUGGUGGAGAAUGGGGAGAAAUGCUUGACGCACUUUCCCGCAGAAAAACUGAAGCCCUAGCUCCGGAACAUUUUGACAACAUGUGGGCAAAAGGAAGAAACUAUAGACGGAAGGAAGUCUCAGAUCAGUCAGCUGAUAAGAUUUCACAAGGUUCACUGGACCAGUCAAAGGAAUUUUCUAGAAAGAAAAAGGACUUAGACUGCAAGGUUUCUGGAUCCAAUAAGCUGACUAUUGCCAAUGAAAACUGUUUUCAAAGUGAGUGCCAUAACCAAAACUCCUCAUAUAGAGAUGAAGAUGAGCAUGAGAUCAUACAAUCAGAUGAGGUAGAAUCAUCAGUUAGCACUAGUUCUUAUACUACUGGAGAUGAAGAAAUCAGUGCUGUCACAGGUCUUGAUUCUCCUAGUGUCAGAGUGUGGGAUGCUAAAAAUAAAAGAAAUGUCACUAAUAUUCAUCAUCCGCUUGAAGUUUUUGAUGGCCGUAAGCCAAGAAGGGCACGGAAAAAGAACCACCAUUCUCAAAGGUUAACUAAAGCAAUGUCGGUUAGAAAAAGGUCUAGAUCAAUCAGUCAGAAAGCUCAUGUUUGGCAAGAAGUUGAAAGGACAAGCUUCUUAUCGGGAGAUGGGCAGGAUAUACUGAAUUCUUCUAUUGGUAAUAUUAAACAUGAUGACUCAAGUGAUGAUUCAGGGGCAGAAAUGGUUAAUAGAAUUUCUAGCGGAUCAACUGCUUCGUCAUUUCUGUCCUCAACUUCUUUACCUGAAAGUUAUAAUCUGACAGCCAAUCCCUCAAAGAAUUCUAUAAUAGCUGAUUCUUUUUUAACCCUAAGAUGUGAGGUAUUGGGUGCCAACAUUGUGAAGAGUGGUUCCAAAACUUUUGCCGUAUACUCCAUAUCUGUUACUGAUGUGAAUGGUCAUAGUUGGUCUAUCAAAAGAAGGUUUCGACAUUUUGAGGAGCUACAUCGGCGUCUUAAGGAGUUUCCUGAGUAUAAUCUUCAUUUGCCACCCAAGCAUUUUUUAUCUGCUGGUCUUGAUGUUUCAGUCAUUCAAGAGCGGUGCAAAUUGCUUCAUAAGUACUUGAAGAACCUCAUGCAGCUUCCAACAGUUUCCAGCUCUAUAGAAGUUUGGGACUUCCUUAGUGUUGACUCUCAGACAUAUAUUUUCUCAAGCCCGUUGUCAAUUAUCGAGACAUUAUCAGUUAACUUCGUUGUUACGGCACAUGAAAGGAAUAAAAACUACCAGAGCAAUGUUGGAAUUGUCAGAGAUCCUGUAUCUUCCAAGAAAGAACAUCUUGAUGCUGUGAAAAAGGAAACUGCAUUUGGAAUUAAGCAUGAAGGGAUGCCAGAAAGAUCACAAAUGAAUGCAAAAAGUCUAGCCCUUUCUCCACCCAAAAAACCUCUUAAUGUGGUCAGGAAAACCUUAGAAGAUUCAAGUAGCGACUCUGAUAGUACCACGCACAGGAGUCUAAUUUCACACAAGAACUUGGGCAAGAUGUCAAACUCAGGACAAGCGGGUUUGCAUGCUUCAUCUGAGUUGCAUACAGAUGCUGCCAGUGAUCCAACCCUCCCUAGUGAGUGGGUGCCACCAAAUUUGAGUUUGCCCAUAUUGAACUUGGUUGAUGUCAUUUUUCAGCUACAAGAUGGCGGAUGGAUCAGGAGAAAGGCUUUCUGGGUGGCCAAACGGGUAUUACAGUUGGGAAUGGGUGAUGCCUUUGAUGAUUGGCUGAUAGAGAAAAUCCAACUUCUGCGUAGGGGAUCAGUAGUUGCAUCAGGAAUUAGACGCCUUGAGCAGAUUCUUUGGCCUGAUGGUAUAUUCCUAACCAAGCAUCCAAGGCGUCAAAAACCUCCUCUUUCUGCAAGUCCGUCCCAGAGCCCUUCUCAUGGGAGGCCUCCAACUCCUCUAUCUUCACCUAAGAUGGAGAAUGUUGAGAUGAUGGAUGAUACACAGCAAAAGGAAGCUGAACGACGAGCCAAAUUUGUUUAUGAUCUAAUGAUUGAUAAAGCACCAGCCGCUGUUGUGGGUCUUGUUGGUCAUAAGGAAUAUGAACAAUGUGCAAAGGAUCUAUAUUACUUCAUUCAGUCAUCUGUUGCUAUGAAGCAGCUAGCUUUUGAUCUUCUACAGCUGCUUCUCCUGUCAGCAUUCCCGGAGUUAGAUUAUGUAUUCAGACAAUUGCAUGAAGAGAAGGAAAAGUUUGGGGAGCUUAAAUUAGAUUAGGCUAUAGGUAUUUUCACAGAUAGUUGUAGCUUUUUGGAUGAUCAUUUGUCAACAACUCUGUUUUUCUCCCAUUCUUUUCGUGUCUCCUGCAAAGAGCUUGUUAGGAGUAUGGUCGCAGAAAUUCUGCAAUUUGGCAUCACGCUCAUUAGGUGAGAUGCGAGUGCAGAUUGUAACUUUUUGCAUAUUUUUGAUAGGGAUGCUGAGGAAAUUGUAUAAAUGUUGAGACUUGUUUCAGAUUUAGCUUCAAUAGAUUAAUUACAGACAAAAGCAGUAUAUUGGAUGGUCUACGUAGUAAA